AUGUGUGAUGGGUAUCGAAUCAAGUACACAGCUGGUAUCGGUAUCACUUCAACGAUUGACCUGGAGCCAGAGGGGAAGGUUUAUGUUGUUAUUGACCUAUCAGGAUCUUCCAGUGAAGAUGCGCCCAUGUCCAAUGAAAAUGAGGAGCGUGUGUUUCGGCAGCGGAUGCGCCCCAGGAAGCGUCAGGGUGCCGUCCGCCGGAGAGUCCACCAGGUCAACGGACACAAGUUCAUGGCCACCUACCUGAGACAGCCCACCUACUGCUCCCACUGCAGGGACUUCAUCUGGGGCGUUUUAGGAAAGCAGGGCUACCAGUGUCAAGUGUGCACCUGUGUGGUCCAUAAGCGCUGCCAUGAGCUGAUCAUUACCAAGUGUGCAGGGAUGAAGAAGCAGGACGACACAGGCGGAGAGGUCGGGUCACAGAGGUUCAGCGUCAACGUGCCUCACAAGUUCAGCAUCCACAACUUUAAAGUCCUCACCUUCUGCGAUCACUGUGGCUCUCUGCUGUGGGGUUUGCUGCGACAGGGACUGCAGUGUAAAGUGUGUAAAGUGAAUGUACACAGGCGCUGUGAGAGUAACGUGGCUCCUAACUGCGGCGUGGACGCCAGAGGAAUCGCUAAAGUCCUCUCUGACCUCGGAGUCACACCAGACAAGAUCUCCAACAGCGCCCAGAGACGGAAAAAGCUUCCUCAGGGUCAGGACCCCCAGCAGUCGUUACCAGGGACGCCUCAGACAGAAGACGACCGCUCAAAGUCGGCCCCCACCUCGCCAUGUGACCAAGAUGUGAAGGAGCUGGAGAACAUCCGGAAAGCUCUGUCGUUUGACCACCGCGGAGAGGAGCACAAAAAACACCCAGUAUCUUCAGCAGCCUCUGUUGCUACGGUAACAGGGGAUGGUCACGGAGGUGGAGGAGGAGGAGGAGGAGGAGGUGACGGAAGCAGUGUCGGGGUGGAGGGGAAAGCGAGCCGUGAGAACGGAGAGGUGAAAAGUUACACCGCUCCAGAGGUGAAGAGGAUGAACCUGCACGACUUCAUCUUCAUUAAAGUUUUGGGGAAAGGAAGCUUCGGAAAGGUGAUGCUGGCGGAGCAGAAAGGCAGCGACGAGGUUUACGCCGUCAAGGUGCUGAAGAAAGACGUGAUCCUGCAGGACGACGACGUGGACUGCACCCUGACCGAGAAACGCAUCCUCGCUCUGGCCAGAAAACACCCGUACCUGACCCAGCUGUUCUGCUGCUUCCAGACUAAAGACCGGUUGUUCUUCGUGAUGGAGUACGUGAACGGAGGCGACCUGAUGUUUCAGAUUCAGCGGUCGAGGAAGUUCGACGAGGCUCGAUCUCGCUUUUAUGCCGCCGAGGUCACUUCCGCUCUGAUGUUCCUGCACCGGCACGGAGUCAUAUACAGAGACUUGAAGCUGGACAACAUACUGUUGGAUGCGGAGGGUCACUGUAAGCUAGCGGACUUUGGUAUGUGCAAGGAGGGAAUCCUUAACGGCGUUACCACGACUACCUUCUGUGGUACACCUGACUACAUCGCUCCUGAGAUCCUCCAAGAGCUGGAUUACGGCCCGUCGGUGGACUGGUGGGCUCUGGGAGUGCUGAUGUACGAGAUGAUGGCAGGCCAGCCGCCCUUUGAAGCCGACAAUGAAGACGACCUGUUUGAGUCCAUCCUCCAUGACGACGUUCUCUAUCCUGUGUGGCUCAGCAAGGAGGCCGUGUCCAUCCUCAAAGCGUUCAUGACGAAGAGUCCCAACAAGCGUCUGGGCUGCGUGCUGGCUCAGGGUUUGGAGGAAGCCAUCAAGCAUCAUUCGUUCUUCAGAGAGAUCGACUGGACGCUGCUGGAGCAGAGAAGAGUCAGACCACCGUUCAAACCACGCAUCAAAACCAAAAGGGAUGUGAAUAACUUUGACCAGGACUUUACACGUGAAGAACCCGUCCUGACUCCGGUGGACGACAGCAUCAUCAAGCAGAUCAACCAAGAUGAGUUCAAAGGAUUUUCCUACUUCGGAGAUGAGACUGUGGCCUAA